AUGAGCAAUUCUGAGAUCCCGGCGGGCCUGAAGGAGCUGCUGCAGGGGUACACGGUGGAGGUGCUUCGCCGGAGGCCGCCGGACUUGGUGGAAUUCGCCGUGCGGCAUUUUACGCAGAUUCUCCAGAAGCGGGGACGCGACGGGCCGGCUAAGAACCGGGGCGGCGGGGUGGCGCCGAAAGGGGUGACCUUUGCCGCCGACUCCGAUGAGAGUGCCCGGGAUGAGAGGGAAGAAGAGCGGGAGACGCCCGUUAAAUCCACCACUGGUAAAUACAACCGCAGAGUUUCAGUUUGCGCAGAGGCCUACAACCCGGACGACGACGAGGACGACGACGCCGAGCCGCGGGUGGUGCACCCCAAAACGGACGAGCAGCGUCGCAGGCUCCAGGAUGCCUGCAAGGACAUUUUACUCUUCAAGACCCUGGAGCAGGAGCAGUUCUCUGAGGUUUUGGACGGCAUGUUCGAGGUGCAGGUCAAAGCCCAGGAGCACAUCAUAGACCAAGGAGAUGACGGAGAUAAUUUUUAUGUCAUAGAGAGGGGCGUUUACGAUAUCGUGGUGGCGAAGGACGGCGUGAGCACGCGCGUGGGGAAGUACGACAACAAAGGCAGCUUUGGCGAGCUGGCGCUCAUGUACAACACGCCGCGAGCGGCCACCAUCGUGGCGACGCAGGAAGGCGCCCUGUGGGGCCUGGACCGGACCACCUUCCACAGGCUGAUUGUGAAAAACAACGCAAAGAAGAGGAGGAUGUACGAAGCCUUCGUUGAAUGUGUUCCUCUUCUCAAGUCUCUUGAGCUCUCCGAGAGAAUGAAGAUUGCGGAUGUUCUCGGCGCGAGGUGCUUCAAAGAUGGAGAGCGCGUAAUAGCGCAGGUAACACGCGGUAACCUUCUCGCGGUCGCUUCCAACGGACCAGAUGUAUUGUCGCCCGUGUGGCCGCAGGGAGACGCGGCCGACUGUUUCUACAUCGUGGAGUCGGGACAAGUGAGGAUCAUGAUCAAAAGCAAAACAAAGGCAGGCCGGCAGGACGACGCAGAGGUGGAAGUGGCUCGCUGCUCUCGAGGACAAUACUUUGGGGAGCUCGCACUCGUCACCAACAAACCUCGCGCGGCGUCCGUGUACGCCGUCGGAGAAACCAAAUGUUUGGUGAUUGACAUCCUGGCGUUUGAGCGCCUGCUGGGCCCCUGCAAGGAGAUCAUGAAGCGGAACAUCUCCCAGUACGAAGAGCAGCUGGUGGCGUUGUUUGGCUCCAGCGUGGAUUUAAAAGACUAGGAUAUGUUGGGUGCUAUUCCUUUUCCCUUUUGCUAAUGUGACGAGCAUAUGCGUCAAACUCAGAAGCAAUGUUUAAAAAUGAUGGAUUUAUGACGUAAAAUGUUCUUUA